AUGGCUGAAGCACAUGAAGCCGUCGCUUUUCAAUUCACUGUCGGUGCCGAAGGUGUUAGUGUCAAUUUAAGCUAUGAUGUAUUCAAAGCGCUGAUUUACUCCGGUUGUCGUUCGUGGAAACGUCGCUGUCGUCGUACAUUAAAAUCAUUACACAACACAAUCUAUCCAGGUCAUCCGUUACGUGGAAUCGCCUGGUGUGGACUUAUCUAUACACUAUAUAUCAAAGACCAUGACCCUUCAUACCAUAUUAUCGACUGGAUCGACAAACACAUCUUUCGACGAUAUUUUUCCAAACAGAACUCACAAAUGCUGGCGUGUGUAGUCUUUGGUACGGGUACAUACUUUAUCUUAAUACAGAUUCGGCAAUCGAUAUUGAAACUCUUAUUCUCCUAUCAUGGUUGGAUGUAUCAAGAACAUGGCAAACCUAUGGGACUAGGACAGAAAGUCUGGGGUGGAUUAGUUAAACUUUUCAUCGGUCGAAAUCCAUCUUUGUAUUCGUAUCAAAGCGUUUUACCGCAAUUACCAUUACCAAGUUUAGACGAUACAUUACGUCGGUAUUUAAGAACGGUUCGACCAUUGUACUCUGACGCUGAAUAUCAUCAAAUGGAAAUAUUAGCAGACGAAUUUCGGCGAACUAUUGGAAGAAAACUACAAAGAUUUCUUUGGUUAAAAUGGCUGAUCUCAUCGAAUUACGUAUCUGAUUGGUGGGAAAAAUUCGUUUAUUUACGUGGCCGAUCGGCAAUUAUGGUUAACAGCAAUUUUUAUGGUCUUGAUGCGGCUUAUAUUCGUCCGACUACUGUUCAAAGUGCACGGGCAGCGAAUAUUGUUCGAGCAACAAUGCAAUAUCGUGUUCGUCUCGAUCACGAAGACAUCGCACCAUUAAUGGUACAAAAUAUGAUUCCACUUUGUUCAAGUCAAUACGAGCGCCAAUAUAAUACGGUACGAGUACCUGGCAAAGAAGCAGAUAUAAUUGUUCAUCAUUCGGACAGUCAGCAUGUUGCUGUUUACCAUAAAGGCCGUUGGUUUAAAAUUUAUGUCUUCUACCAAGGACAACUGUUAGAACCAAGCGAACUUCAGAUGCAAUUUGAUGAAAUUCUUCGUGAUCCUGUCGAACCGGCUUAUGGUGAAGAACACCUAGCAGCCUUAACUGCAGGCGAACGACCAUUAUGGGCUGAAGCUCGUGAGAAAUACUUUUCGACAGGGAUAAAUCGUGCUUCGUUGGAAGGUAUUGAAAAGGCAGCGUUCGUACUUAUCUUGGAUGAAGAAGAAUUCGCCAUAGGCACUUUAAGCGCUGAUUCAUCAUUUAUGAGUAACAAGCAACAAUCGGAAAAUUUCGAUAAGUAUGCACAUGCAAGUCUCCAUGGCAAAGGCUACGAUCGAUGGUUCGAUAAAUCAUUCAAUUUUAUCAUAAGCAAAGAUGCUGUGGCUGGAAUUAAUGUUGAACAUAGCUGGGCUGAUGCUCCAGUUUCUGGUCAUAUGGUCGAAUACGUAUUAAAAGAAGAUAUUGCGCAUUUAGGCUAUGAUGACAUUGGUAAUACACGAGGUGUGCCUCGUUUCACGCCACCCAAGCCAGUCAAACUCAAAUGGGCAAUCUCAGAAGAUUGUAAUGAAUUAAUCGAACGAAGUCUUGCACAAGCAAAAAAAAUAUUCAGCGACGUUGAUCUUCAUGUGUACAUUCAAGAUAUAUAUGGCAAAGGUUUUAUGAAAAAAUGUAAGCUAUCCCCCGAUGCCUACAUUCAAAUGGCGCUCCAAUUGGCUCAUUAUCGAGAUUCUGGUCGAUUUAAUUUAACUUACGAAGCAUCAAUGACACGAUUGUUUCGUGACGGUCGAACGGAAACCGUUCGUUCAUGUUCUAUUGAGUCAAGCGAAUGGGUCAAAGCAAUGGAAGAUCCAUCUGUUUCAAAAGCUGAACGCAUUCGGUUACUCCGUCGCGCUUGUGAUUAUCACCAAGAACAAUAUCGCGAUGCGAUGACCGGUAAAGGCAUCGACCGGCAUCUCUUCUGUUUGUACGUUUUAUCAAAGUAUUUCAAUAUGGAGUCACCAUUCCUCCAGCGAGUACUUCAUGAACCUUGGAAAUUAUCUACUAGUCAAACAGCGGCAAGUUAUGAUGAAAAGCAUCUCAAGCGUUUAAUGGCAGAAAAUCCAGAUCUCGUCAAGAAAUAUGGUAUUAGUGAAAAGCGAAAUUUAGCUCCAUGUGGCGGCGGUUUCGGACCGACACUUGCUUUUCGAUAG